CCUUCGCCCCGGCUGUCGGCGGCUGCGGCGGUGCGGGUGGCCUCAUGCUUCGCCGGCAUCCCUACAUGGGCCUGGUGGCCGGUCCCGAGGCACUGUCCGGAUACACGUUGCUGGACUUCCUGCCGCAACCUUGGAAGGACGUGCACUCCAAGUUAUUGAAGAGCACCACGUCAGUCACUCCUACAGUCAAUCUGCCUGGGCAGUGCCGGCGGGCGGGUCGCUCCCCUCCUCCCGGCCCUACUCUGGAGCUGCGCACUGCAAGCGGCAAGCCGCUCUUCAUGCGCGUGUCGGUCUCCACGGUGGACAUCGCGGGGGAGCCGACACACGUCAUACGCCUCGCAAAGUCUUCCCUUGAGGCCGCGCUGGACGAGCGCCGCCUACGGCUGAGCAUCUCAGAGGAGGGCCUGAUUGAGGGCGUCAGUAAGGGCGCCGCAGCGCACUUACUGGGGCUUGAACCCAUGCAGGUCAUCGGGCGCGAUUUCUGGGAGGUCAUACACGAGGAGGAGGAGGGGGAGGGAGAGCCCCUGGCUGCUUCUGCGGGAGACAGCGCUGCUCGGUCGGCCAGACUCACAGAGCUUUUUAAGCGGUCCUUCACGCAUGCAGAAUGCAGCUGGCGCGUGCGUGUGGCCGUGCCGCCCCCCAAGCCGAAGAACGGCGGCACGGGGGCGGCGGCGGCAGGGCUGGCGGGCGCCCCAUGGGCAGCGGGGGGUUCUUCGCCACCGAAGCACGCAAUCAUGCAGGUGUUUAUGGAGCUGCCUAGCAGUCAGGCUGAUGCGGACGCCGCCCCCGUCAUGUACGUGGACUUGUGGCCGACUACCAGCGUCACCGGGGUGGUGGAGCUGGAUGCCUCAGGGCGUGUAAGCUCGGUGCUUGAGGAGCUAACGCGACCCGCGGGUCUGCUGUUUGGCGUGCCCACACAAUCGCUGGUUGGCAGCAUGCUGAGCGGCCUGGUCACACUGCCGCCAGGUCGCAGCAACCCCAGUGAGCUGCUGUCCCUUCACGGCGCCAAGAAGAGCAGCCUCAAGGCGGACAACAAGGAGGCCAGCGUCAAGGUCGGCCCACUGCACGUGCUGCAGGCCGCCCACUCGGACGGGCGGCCGCUGGUCCUGGACGUGCAGAUGGUGGGCAGGCCGGGACCCAACCAGCCGGUCACAGCCAUACUGCGAGUGCACGCGGCGCCCAUGAUGCCGGCAGCAGCUACCACCAUGCUGAAGACCAGGGAUAGCGCUGUUUCGGCUGUAGCAGCUAUUUCCAUCGGUGUUGCAGGCACAUCAGCAACGGCUGAAAGGCUUAUUUUGCCGUCAGCUGAACAGGAGAGCUCUUGCCUUGCUAACCUUGCUACAGCAACAGUCUUCCCGACUCGCUACACCAGCCAAUCGUUGCCGCCAUCCGGCAAAAGAGCCGAGACUUCGUCGCCGCGCAAGAUGUCCCAUGGGUCAGUCGACGGUGGCCCAACAAACGGAUCUCCAAAGAGGCCCACGCUCGACAGUGCUUCAAUUCUAACGACACCCAUAAUCUCCACGCCACCUACUGCGGAGCCGUGCUUGCCGACCCGCGGGUCACUGGAGGUUACCAAGGCUGCAGAGGAGGUAUCACCAGAUACCAAGAAGAGCAUUGUCGUGACGUCUGCUCGCUUGCUUACGGGUAUGGGUGACGGUCUUCCGCAACCUGGGGUGACAGCGGGUAAGAAUGCCUCGGCGCAGCAGGCGGGGCGCACGAAGCUAUCGGAGCUGGUGAAAGCGGCAGUGGGACAGGGUGGAGCCGGGGGAGGCGGCGCCGGAGGCAGCAGUGUGUGCGGCAGCCUCCGGGUACGCAGCGUGUCAGCCGCAGCAGCAGGCGGUGCUAAGGGCGUAAAGGCCAUGUUCGUGCCGAGGUUGCAGCGUAGGUCGGACGAUCAAUCGUCACUUCCAGGGACGGUUACAACGGGUGCUGCGGACCACACGGAAGGCGCAAUCACGUGGACUUCCCAAACCCUGGUGGAGGUGAGGUCCGUUGGCGACAGCGACCUUGAGGAUGAUGCACCGUUGAAGUACAAGCUCUCGGACGUGGCGUCUCGGAUUACAACUUGGGUUGCCAGCGAAGGUGCUUACUACCAAAACACUGUCCCCGUGCCCGUCGAGGACGUUGACAAGGACCAGCGCGACUACAUGGGCAGCAGCAAGAAAGCAAUGGGAACAGCGCCGGGAGAAGCUGCGUUCUCCCCCGCAAAGCGGCAAACCUCCUCUGUCCGGCCCGCGGACUCCGGCACGCCUCGGAGCAAUGCGGCGGCCUUCCAGGGCCUUGAAGGUGGCGCACAGGAUGAUGACGACGGGCGAGCGGAGGAGCCCGGCGGUGAGGCCGAUCGAGGCGGCUUUGACGACGGCGCCAGUGAGGGCGGCCAGAGCGGCAUGUCGUCUCAGUCGGGCACCGGCGGCCCCGAGUUCAAGCGCGGCAAGCGGCUGAAGAAGCUGGUCAAGCUGCUGAGCUCCGAUGACGUAGUGCAGGUCCAACGCCGCUUCCGCAACCGCACGCUGUUCACGUUAGCUGCACUGGCGCUGGUGCACGUGCUGUGUUUUGCGUUGGCGGUGCGUGCCAUCAAGUCGCAGCGCCGCAGCAUGGCCAACCUGGGUGAUCUGGGGCAGACGCAGCGCUACAUCCACCAGAUCGUAACGGACGUGCGUGUGCUUGACUUGAUGGAGCGGAAUAUGACUCAACCCAACCUGUACACGGCCGAUCAGGCGCAGUUCUUUCUGGACCGUGUUCAAAUGGCCGCAGCUGAGUAUAAGGCACGGAUAAACACAAUUCUGUCGGAGCAUCAUGCUUCAUCUUCGACCAUAACCCAAUUGUUGAGAUUUACAAAGACCAAGGUGUGGGAUGGAUACGCGCCAGACGGAACAGAUGUUUGGACCAACAUGACCAUCUGGGAGUAUGCCACCCAGUUUUGCGUCCUGGCGAACGAAAUCUCCUUCACAUACAACCAAACGUACGGAACGCCAACAACCAUUCAAGGCACAUACACUGGGGAGUUCUUGCUGAGGAGUGGCCCAGAUCUGUACAAGGCAAACCGCAAGAUGCUAGACGCGUUGCUUGACAUUGCCAUAGCCGAGACGAAGAAGAUGGAUACGCUCCAGCUGAUCUUCCUGGCUGUGGAGGGGGCCGUGGUGACCUGCAUGGCAGCCUGCUAUCUGGCGCACCUGCUGCACGUGUUGGCGGCGCAACGGUGCAAGCUGUACGGCACCUUCCUGACCGUACCUGUGGCGCUGUCACGCACGCUGGCUUCCCAAAACACGGCAGUUAUACUGGAAGAGGAUGACGAAGAGAACAUGAGUGAUGACGACGAACCAGCUGCCGGGGCACCGUCAGGGCCCAAUGCAACCGACACGUCCGACGAAUACACUCCUGCCAGUGGUGGCGGCGGCGGCGGCGGUGUCCGUGGCAGCCCGAGCGCGGCCGCCGCCUCGAAGACGAAACGUCACGCAACUCUGAAGGUCGUUCCGGAUUCAAACGACCCCAGCAACCGGUCCCGCGGCAGUAACGGCGGUGGAGGCAGGACUGCAACUUACGCCAACGGUCAUAAUAACGGACUUUCCGGCCGGGUGCACAGUGUGUCACGGCUGGAUGGGAGUGUGCGAGGUGGCAAGGCGGGCAGCGAGCGAGGAAACCGGGAGCAGCAGCAGCAGGAGGAGGAGCGUUUGAUGGGGGCUAGUGAAUCGAUGGAUGCAGCGAGUCCUGGCUUGCUGUCUUCGACACUUGUUCAGCUGCUCAAGGGCUUUCAGUGGCGAGGUCAGCAGGGCGCCAUGCCACUUCCGCAAACGUCCCGGCUUGGAGAGGUUGGAAACAGUAAAAGGAGGCUGAAGUACGAUUCCAAUGAGACGUACAUGCUUCUGCUGCCGUUCGUCAUCUGGUCAACGCUGGUGGUAGCAAUUUACGCGUUCACUGUCAUCAAAAUGAAGGGAGUUGUGGAGGAGGUGGCGAUUCACUCAGUUACGAACAUCGCGUCUGCCAGGGUUUGGAGAGUGAUUUUCUUCAGCCAGGAGUUGGCAAUCACCGACCCGCCGCUGGUAUCCAACACCAGCGCCACACUCGUUAGCUCCGUGCAGCUCCUCAAGGACGCCUGGUACACACUGCAGCUGGGAGAGAAUGCCUACAAGGCAGCAGGCCCUGACACGGAGAAGUUCAGCCAUGUGACGCUGGGACUGGCGGAGGCUUCUCCGGCACUAACCGGCGAAUUCUACAACAACGGCCUCUGUCACAGAAUCUUUGAGCCCUGCCCCGGUCCUGAUUACCGCUUCUACCUGACCAUCUACGGUGGCCUUGACAGCAUCAUGCAGCAAUUCAUGUUAAAGGCUAUGGCCAUGGCACGUGACGAGAAUGUUACAGUAAAAGGCCUUGCAAAUGACAAUCUCGACUUUAUCUAUAACGUCGGUGGUAAGGACCUGGUGGAAGGCACCAUACACAUCCAAACUUCCCACUUUUCGACGAUCAUGUCUAUCUUUACAGAUAUCCUCUCGCUGCACAUCAUCUUGUUCGUUAUGCUGUGGGUGAUCUUCGGUGGAUUCAUCUUCCUGUUGCUCCGUCCGUUGCUAAAGCGCGUUUCCAAGGAGCGGCGGCGCAUAGCGGAGUUAAUCAAUCAGCUUCCCCUGGAGUUGGAUGUGGAGAGGCUAGUGUCGCGCGCCCUCGCGGCAACCCAGCCCGGCUCCAACUCGGCCACCAAUUCCGUUGGCGUCGGCAGCACUGGCGCCGUGGGAGAGACCGCCGGUGGAUACAGCGGCAUACGUGUGGACUCUGUAUUCACCGUUUUCACAAAAAAGCAGCCAACAGGAAAGGGUCUACGAGCGUAAAUGGUAGCAAACCCCAGUAUUCCCAAGUUAGACAACAUCUCCACUGCCGGCACAUUGCCUGAGGGCCUGUGUCGUACACGCGAGAUGAUUUUACGGGGCGUGCGCUCCUCCUCCUCCUCAGCAGCAGCAGCAGGAGUGUCUCUGCUGCCCUAUCUGGCGGCGGGCGUAUUAGGGACUCCAUCCCGAUAAGGUGCAGGAUGUUGGGCCUGGCACAAAAGCCCAUUAGGUUGCUGCGUAACGUCCCCCUAUUUGUUAACGAAAUUGUUAUACCGGUUACUCCGCAAGAAGGAGCUCAUCCAGCCGGCAGCCUCAAGUGGCGUGUUUCAUUUGCGUGUGGAAUAACGACGGGAUAAACUUACUGUGCUCAUCCGAAGCAGUUCCUGGCUUGUACAUCACACGUCAUAGUGAGGUUAUGUAUGCCGUUUCCCACAAAGCAAAAAUGGUCCGUCGUUGUGUGGUUUGCGCUUGCGGCCCGGCCUGUAAGGCCCAAAGGUUUGUGCGUCACAUCUGAGCCGUUGAGGCGCCCUUGUAUAAUAUAGAGUCUUUGACUUAACAUUUUUUAAGAGUUACUGUUUGCAUUGUUUACGAGUGCGCGUGAUGGAAUUACUUUUGCGUGGAUGCAAACGUGCGGCACAGAACCGUCACGAGUUGACUCUUUUACCCGAAGGAGGUACGGCAACGCGCACAGCGACACCGCUGUUUUCUAUUGCUUUUGCAAAUAAUCCGCACGUCUUUGCGGUAUCUGCCGUUGCUGCGCAGUGGCGUAUCGCACCGGCUGGGGAGUGUCACGGAGCUUCCUCCCUGGCCCCUCCGGGCUGCGUGUAUUGUUUACUGGAUUGAGCUUACAUUGAGCGUCGUGACCCCUUGUCUGUACGCGAUUGCAUGCGAUUGCAGGGGAACUGCUGAACAGUUAAAUAUUGCAUCUAUCUAGCGGCCUCUAUCUCACUGUCACGUCUUUUGUUAUGUAUCUAGUGCCUUAUUGGCGGCGCUUAUCGCGGCAGUUAUCCUUGGCAUGGUACUGAUAUUGUUAAUCCAGCGUUGCACGCUGGUAUCUAGGGCUUACCAAAGAUUGGCAUGCAUGCAUAUGAGACAAUUGCGCCUUAAUUACUGACUGCCGCGCAUGGUAGCUUCUUGUAUGGCGGGUUGCCUGCGUUUAACUAAUUGUUGGCUACGGAGGAUUGAAUAUGGGGGCGGGGGCGGUUGGUUUCAGUGCGGCAGUAGUGCGUACGUGAGGAAAGGCCGCUCUCGAUCGAGGUGUACGACGGAAGUCUGUGUGAUGUUGUGCGUUACGCUAGCUGCAGAGCAAUCUGCAUGAAGCUGUAUUCAAUGUUGUCCAUCUGGUGCCUUUCUAGCUUUGGGCUGCAUUUCUUGCAGCGUAGUCCAGCCCAUCGUGUUAAGGAAUUCCUGCAAGGUCCGUGUUGCUAACGGUACCUAAUCAUUAUGUCUGUGGUACGGCAGAGUGAAGCAGGGACUUCGGCUUCGCCCGUGAUCCUUGUGCAAGUACUUGCUUUUGGGCACUUGAUUCCAGGCGCUCCGCGAAGACGCGGCUUGAAAGCAAGGAAACUGCCAUAGUGAUACCCCCGGGCUUAAGGUGCAUACGUUUUGGCCUCCCCUUGACUCCAGGCUUGGAAGCAAGGGAAGGUAUGUAACAGCAAGGGAAUCGA